GUUGGGACUGGGUAUUCAGUAAUUACAACGUGUUGAACAUGGGCUACGGUAUUGACUCUGCGGAAUGGCCAACUGGCAUCGAGGUUCCCUCUGCGGUGAAGCAAUUGAUUGAGAGAUUUUAUCAGCUGCUCGAUAACUCUGACUCGGGGGUUAGAGACAUCCUUGCCGAUGAGGUAUUCGCGAGCGACGGAGUGGCAUAUUUCGGCGCGACCCCAUUCCGCGGUGCAGAGGAAAUCCGGAACUCGCGAGCUAACGCCUGGAAAGUAAUUUCCAUGCGAAAACACGAGGUCCUGAAGGUCUAUGUUUGCGAUAGCAAUGCCAGCGACCUCCUCUUUACGGCGCGCGUUGCAAUGGGCUUGAGAAAUGGGAAGCAGGUUGAAGGGGAGUUUACAGGCCGCCUUGCCAUUUCCGAUCCUCAAACCGCGAACCCCAAACUCCGCCUUUACCAAGUCUGGGGUGACACCUCUGCACUCAUGGCUGCACUGCGAGAUGAUUGA